GGCUCUGCAUCUUUUGUCCCCUUUUUUGUCUCAUCGUUUGUUCCAUACUCUUAUUAUUAUUAUUAUUUUGGCACCGGGGCAACAACAGAGCAUAGAACAGGGGAUCCCAAGCUGUCCACAAGAAGUUAUAUUCGACAAAUAUAUAUAUAUAUAUAUAUAUACAGUUGUAAAUCUGUUAGAGAAGAAAUCUAGGAUUGUAAUGCAUAAGGCAUACAACAAUUUCAUUCUUAAUAUUGCCCUUUUUGUCUGGACAAAUGACAUACUCAAUUUGGCUUGAGUUGGUCUAAUUAAAAAAAAAGAUUUUUGGCUUUUUUCUUUUGGGUGAGGAAUGACAAUUAGAAUUCAUAUUGAAUAAGAAAUAUCAAAUAAAUAAAAAUAAUUAUAAAUUAAUAAAGCACAAAUAAAAAACUGUGGGUUAUUAGAGAAAAUAAAAAUUGUACCGAGUGUACCUAAUUGUAAAAUUUACACUCAUUUUGCAAUUAAUUUCUCUAUUUUCUAUUUAUUCCCCUUAUAUUUGAUCCAAAUUAAGGCUAUGUUAAGAAACAGUUAAAUUAGCCAAAAGUUCCUUUCAUACAAAAGUCAGUCAAUUCUCCCUACAAUUUUUUUUUUUUUUGGUAUUAAAAAUUUAAAAAUUACUAAAAAAAUUCCAAACAAACCCUCAGUUCCAACCAACCGUCAUAUGGAAGUUCGGUACUUCUCUUUUCCCGGUUCUCUCUCUCUAAGUUCUCCCUCUCUCCUCUUCAACAUCAAACUGAGAUGAUUUCUUCACUUGCAACAAAACUUCGAUUCCAAUAAGGUCUAACGAUCAAGAUCGGGGUCAGAUUCACCCAUAUAGCAUAUGGGCUAAAAGAUCGAUGAGAAUCCAAAAUCUCAAAUCUCUCUUAACUCUCAUCGAAACUUGCCGAAAUCUUCCACUUCUGAAGCAAAUUCAUGCAAGAUCUAUCAUUCUUGGCCUAACCUAUAACCAAUUCAUCCUAACCAAACUUGUCAGUUCGUUUUUAUCAAUCCCAUGCCUUAAUUACGCGACAAGACUGUUUGAUAGAACUCACGAGCUCGGUGUUUUUAUCUGGAAUGCGAUGAUCAAGGGCUAUUCUUUGUCUCAGAGUCCGAUUAUGGCGAUUCUGAUGUAUAACAAAAUGCGGGUUAGCGAAAACGUUGUGGCGGAUAAUUAUACGUACCCUUUUGUUUUCAGAGCUUGUGCUAAUGUUUUUGCUGUAGAGAAAGGGAGAGAGGUUCAUGGGAUUGUUGUGAGAAUUGGGUUCGAUUCGGAUCGGUUUGUGCAGAGUUCUUUGCUUAAUCUUUAUACUGUGUGUGGUGAAAUUAGGAGUGCACGGAAGGUGUUUGAUGAAUUUGAGGGGAAAGAUGUUGUGUUUUGGAAUGCUAUGAUAUUGGGUUAUUCAAGAGAAGGGUUGGUUUUUGAAGCUUUGGAGGUUUUCGAGGAGAUGAUUGAAAUGGGAGAGGUUAAACCCAAUGAAGGGACGAUUUUGAGUUUGAUUUCGGUUUCUAUGGUGUUGAAAGAUUUAAAAAUGGGGAGGGAAAUUCAAGGGUACAUUAAGAAAGAGAUUGAUUUGAGUAAAGGAGUAAAAUUGGGUGCUGCAUUGAUUGAUUUGUAUUCAAAAUGUGGGCGUUUGGAUGAUGCAAGAAAAUUAUUUGAUGAAAUGCCUGAAAAGAAUGCUGUUGUGUGGAACUCUUUAAUUUGUGGGUACUCUAAAGCAGGAUCUUUGCGCGAAGCAAUUGAUCUUUUCAGGGAAAUGUAUAAUUCAAAUGUAAAACCUGAUAGGUUUACAAUCUCUGCCUUGUUAGGUGCAUGUGCACAAACUGGUGCUUUCAAUUUAGGAAACUGGGUCCGGAAAUUUGCUGAAAACAGUGGAAUUUGGGAUACCCAUAUUGGGACCUCUUUGAUAGACAUGUAUGCAAAAUGUGGUUUUAUUUUGAUGGCAAGAGAAGUAUUUGACCAGGUACCUAAGAGGGAGAGGACUGUGGCUACAUGGAAUGCCAUCAUCUCAGGAUAUGCUUCACACGGGCAUGCUGAACCUGUGAUAGAGCUCUUCAAUGAGAUGAAAAGAUUGGAGACCAGACCAGAUUCUAUCACCUUCCUUGCUGUUUUACAUGCUUGUGCUCAUGUAGGUUUGGUUGAGAAAGGUAAACAAUACUUUGAUUCGAUGAAGUAUUAUAAUAUCACCCCGAACGUUGAGCACUAUGGCUGCAUGGUUGAUCUUCUAGGCCGAGCGGGGCUUGUAAAUGAAGCCAAGGAGCUUAUAAUGAGAAUGGAGAUUGAACCAAAUGCUAUUGUAUGGGGAGCAUUGCUCAGUGCUUGCAGUAUUCAUGGUAAUGUCGAGAUUGGUGAGUGGGUAGCUCACCAUAUCUUUAAGUUGGAUGCAAUGGAUGGUGGGUCUUACGUGCUCUUGGGGAAUUUGUAUGCAGCGGCUAGAAGAUUUAAUGGAGUUAAGGCAGUUAGAGAGAUGAUGGUGAAAAGGGGGAUAUGUAAACCUCCUGGAUGUAGCAUGAUUGAGAUUGAUGAUGUUGUUCAUGAGUUUCUUGUUGCAGACAAGUUACACUGCAGGUCACUAGAGAUUUAUGCAGUUUUGGAUGAAUUGAGCAUGAAGCUCAAGAUGGCAGGCUAUGUGCCCAUGGUUGUUCUAGAUGAAGAGGGUUUCAUAUGAAAAUUUCCAGAAGAAAGGGAAAAUCAGGGGAGCAGUUUAUUGCCGUGAUCCUGCACCUGUAAAAGAUUUUUAGUUUCUGAAGAUCUUCCUUGGCAGUCCAUGGAAUUCAAUAUCUAUAGCAUGCUUUCAACUCUUUCAGUUUGAUGCAGAUAUGGACAUUUCUUUGAAGGAAUUUUAUUGUGUUUUCGGAGUUAUUUGUAUUAGUCAAGACUUGAAUAACUAAAUGCUAAAAGCUUGAGCUGACAAGUGUGAGAAUGCACAUUUGAGGCCAUGGGAAGCCAUUUUUUAGUGUUGUACCCAGUCUACCCCUCCGGCACCCCAGAUUGACAGAACCACCAUCUGGUAAUGUCCCGUCUUUUAAGAUACUUUGUUACCCUCUGACAUAUCUUUUUAAGGGCUGAUAAGCUGAAUGGCUUUUUUGCGGGGAACUGAAGCAUGCACUUUGUCAGUGGUUGUAAGAUCAAUGUAGAAAUGAACAUUACAAAGGCAAAAAGGUAUAAUGCUCCUUGGGAAGUCCUUAUUUGGAGGUCAUAAGCAAAAUGUUGUGAGUGCACAAAGGAAGGAUGAAAGCUCUCUAGUCUGUUAGGAGGAAGAAUACUCAAUGAUUUAACUUCUUACCCACAAGAAGCAAAGGGAAAAGAUACAACAAAAGCAAAACCUUUUGUAGGAGCCUGCAUUUUUCCACUCUUCAAUAGUGUUAUGGAUACACGGCUUUCCUUUGUAUGUAAAGCCUUGUUUGGUGAAGAUUUUACGAAGACGAAAAAAAUGACAUGUGUGAAGCUAGGUAGAUGGAUUAAAGUGGAAUUCAGGUGAAACUACAUAGACUAUUAGUGCAAUUUAUUCAUUUAUAUUUUUUUGUAGGAAUUGCUAAAAUACCAAUGUGAGUUACAUAUGACUUUUUUUUUUUUUUUUUUUUUUGUGUCUAAAAUGAUAAUGACAAUUAACAAAGAGACUACAUUGAAAUAUAAUUAGAAGUGUGAGUUUUAAAUUGAUGAAAUUAAAACUAUAGAGGAAACUAAAGUGAAGUCUUGAUGAAACUAGAGGGAAUUUACUCUAUUUAUUUUUUCUUUUGUGAAGAGGGAACAACUUUAAUUUAUGCCUUUUAACUCUUAACUUGUUAGAAGUGCAAAACUUUGGGAAAUUGACAAUCAUAAUUUCUAAGGGCAUGUUUGUUUUGCAAAUUUGCAAUUAAGAGGGUAACUCCUGCAUGUUCUGGCAUUGUUCUGUAUCUAUUAAAUGGAUUAAUUACCCUCGUGUGCAUGUUUUAUUUUCACCGUAUACUCAUCCCUGUAUAACCUAUCCAUUCACCAUAAUGAUUAAAACUGGCAAACAAACAAGCCCUAGUUUCAUGAAAUGGGUAAUUAUUCAGCCCAAUUUAUCUUUUUGCACAAUUUGAUUGAGAGUACCACAUACACAUAUUACAUGACUACUGAAUAUUUAUUUUAUUCUGUUUUUUUUUUUUUUUUUGAAAGCAUUCAAAACUAGGACUGAGCAUUGAUCAUCAAGGGCAUCUAAGGUUCUGUUUGGGUGACCCCAUUUUUAUGUUCUUUAACUUUAUCCAAAGGUAAACUGGGCUGUCACACACAGGCACUGUGAGAGAGAGAUAGAUAAGUGAUUUUGUGGUCCAUGAAAGAGAGAGAGCUUUUUUAUUAGGUGCUUUUGUGGUCCAGCCCUUUAGAAAGGCCUAAAAUUUAGGGAAAGGGGAGGACAAAUGAACAUGUGUGGUCUAUAAAUGCCAUUCAUGGGAUGGGACAAAACCCAUCCAACUAACUCUUUACCCAAAAACCUUAUCCCAUCAAAGCUAAGGUUCCAAAAACACCUCAAAAAAAUAAAAAUAAAAAAAUAAAAAUAAAAUCACAAAAUCAAAAUUAUAUAUAUGAUUCUCUCUUGCUCUCUAAAUUUUUUUGUCAUUUUGAUUAUGUUAACCUCCAAAUAUUAGGAACAUUUAUUUGGUGCUAGUAAUUGUUACGAAAUGAAAUGAUUUCUCUUUAAUCAGAAUAAUUAUAUUCGCAAUAAGUGCGUCGUGGAAAAGUAUAUAUUCAUCGAGCUAGGACAAAAUUGAAGUCUACGAUUAGAAACAUAAGAUUCAUCGUUACAGAUAAGGUGAUCACAUCAAUCGUGGGGUAGUGCCUUUAUGAUUUUAUCACGCCUAGAGGAAUUAGACAAUUCAAUAUUAAUAUGUUUUGACCCCCAAAAAAACAUUUAAAAAAAAAAACAAAAGGGUCUAUUGAGCAAUUCAAUCUAGGUACAAUGGCAAUGGGAAAGGCAAAAAAGUUUGUGAUUGCUACUGUUUGUCUAUUUAUUACACUAUUUGUAAAGGUGGGGCAAAAAAAAAAAA